GAAUGAAACGUAUUGUGUAUUUGAGAGACAUAUCGAGUGUGACAUCAAAUCAAUUGAAUAUUAUAUAAAUAGUAAUGUCUUUCAAUUGAUUCAAUUGAUCCCAUUUUGUCUAACAAUGCUAACAAUGGACACCAAUGCUAAUGUUCCGGCAUUUAUCACCAAAUUAUGGCGAAUCGUUGAAGACGUAACAUAUAAUCAUCUGAUCCAAUGGAGUCAGAACGGCCGUAGUUUUAUAAUCCAUGAUCAGUCAAAGUUUGCCAAAGAGCUGCUCCCACUCUACUUCAAGCACUCAAAUAUGGCAUCAUUUAUAAGACAACUGAAUAUGUAUGGCUUUCGCAAAGUGUCAAACAUAGAGAACAGUGGUCUUCGAACUGAAAGAGAUGACAUCGAGUUUUUUCACCAUUUCUUCUCAAAAGACAAGGAACGGGAACUGGAAUUUAUUAAACGCAAGGUUCCCAUCAAAGCUACACCGAUCAGUAAAAGUGGUGAUUCCUCUGCAAAACCAGAUGACGUUAAUGAGAUGCUUCAGGACAUGGAGUCUAUUAAAGGAAAACAAGGAAAUAUGGACGUCUUGUUGACUAAUAUGCAGAGAGAGAAUGAGGCUCUUUGGAGGGAAAUCGCUAUUUUGCGACAAAAACAUCACAAACAACAACAAGUGGUGGAAAAACUUAUACAAUUUUUGGUGUCUUUGGUUCAAAAUCGUGGUCUUUUGAAUAUUAAGCGUAAGCCACAACUCAUGAUUGACGACACGGAUGAAAAUAGACAAUUGUUAAGAAAUAAGUUAAUUAAAAGAAGUGAUUUAAAUGACUUUACCUCUACUUUUGGUUCAACUGAUUCUCCAUCUAAUGGACCCAUUAUUCAUGAUAUAACUGAUGACUAUAUUGACGAUUCCAUUCAUAUUAAUGCAUCUAAUGUUAAUAAAAGUGUUAAUUUGAAUGAAAUACCACAAACACAACAAUUAGUGCUACCAGUGGUCACUACGAAGUUACAAAAUGAUACUUUAGGUCACUCAUCAAAAUCGGAUCCAUCUCUUGAUAUAUUAGAUCCGUUACAGGAGAGCAUUAAAGAAUUGGGUUUAGUAGCCGAAUGUCCGGUAUCGCAGUUGUCUAUUAUGGGCGACAACACCGAUGUCGACAGUCUUUUAAAGAGCUCAUUGAAUACGCCUCCAGCAACACCUUUGGUAAAUAAAAAUGAUGGAAAUGAAGGACAGACUCAACCAAAUGAAGUACAACCUAAUGAAGUGAAAGAUUUAGUUCUUUCCAAACAAAAUAACGACCAAAUGAUUACUCCUAUAUCACAAGGCGUUAUCAACGAUCACAUCGAUGGCAUUGAUGCUGAAUUGGAUUGGCUUCAGGAUCAGCUCAGCUCUGGUAUUAAUAUCGAUCCAUCGACUCUUAUGGGGGUAAGGCCUGAUCCAGGCAUAGGCUUGAAUGACAAUUAUUGGCUAAAACAGCUUUUCAAUAUGGAAGACGAUAACAAUUCAAGCAUUUACUCAAUGGUAACAAAUUAUCCAAACAAUGCUAUUAUUGGCAAUGAAGUCAUACAAUUCAAUCCAAAUGCUAAUUCUAUAUUCGAUGACUUAGAGCUGACAACCGGUAAUGAGGUAUCACAAGAUACAUUAUUAGAUGACUCUUUACUACCUGAGCUGGACCUCAAUAAUAUCGUAACUGAAAGUCAAGUUCAAAAUGAUAAACUCAAAGACGACCAGAUAUUGUCAUAAUUAUAGAAUUUAUCAAAUGUUUAGAUUUUUAAAUCAU